AUGUUCAGUUUUUUAUUUGCAGGUGCAAACCCAACGGCUUCUACGAUUUCAUUCGCUUUGUAUGAGAUUGCCAGGAACGAAUAUUUACAAAACCGUUUACAAGAAGAAAUAAAAACAUCCGUGAUCAAACACAGAGGAUGGAAUUAUGUGGCAUUCAAGGGCAUGGUAUAUCUUGAUCAAAUAAUUCAAGAAGUUUUACGGCUAUACACCUUCAGUUCAUCAGUGACGCUCUUAGUGACUGAACCUUACACAAUACCCGGAACACAAAUUACCUUGGAGAGAGGAAUGUUGGUGUUCAUCCCCGUGUCCGCCAUUCACAGGGAUCCCCAGUACUACCCCUCACCAGAGCAGUUCAACCCCGAUCGGUUCGCUGGCAACAACUACAAGCCGAGUGCCACGUUCUUGCCGUUCGGCCACGGACCUAAGAUCUGCAUCGCUGUCAAGUUCGCGAUGCUCAUCGUCAAGGUCUGCCUCGCUAGAAUCCUCUCCAGUUAUACAAUCCGGCUUAGUAACAAGAUGGUACUUCCCAUGUGCUUGGAUUCAGAAGCUUCGUCCCCAAAGAUAAAAGGCGGGCUAUGGUUGGAAUUCCGGGAAAAGUAG